CCGUGUGACAAUGUUUCGUCGAUAGAUAUGUCACCGCUUGAGUGAAAAGUAAACAAACGGUAAUUUCAAAUGACUAUAAGCGGGGGGGAUGGGGUCACGUGCUUGAGUAAGUCAUGAGUAAGUCUGACUUGUAGAAUAAAUAUUUGUAGUCAUGAGUGGACCUGUUAACAUGAAUUGGCUGAGCUCACCUGAGGGAGAGUCAUUGCUACACCAUUUUUACGAUCACUCGAUUAAAAAAAGGCGCUUCUAUGGAAUUCUGGAGAGACCAGCUUUACCUUCGUCCAUUGAGGAAGUGACUUAUAAAAUUUUCAUGAUUGGGAGGCCAGGUGUUGGGAAAACCUCGGUGGUUGCUAGAUUCUUGGGCAUUGUUGGGAGUGAACAUGUAACUUCAGAGAUUGGGGGAAUUCGAAAGACAACUGUCUACUGGCCUGUGAAGAUUUGGGAUAAAGUGGUUCUGUUCAAAUUGCAUUUUUGGGAUACGUCGGAGAGCAGUAUUAAAAAAUAUAAUCACGUUUUACCUGCAUGUAAAGACAAAGUGGACGCCAUCUGCUCAGUAUUUUCCUUCGAAGAUCCCACAAGCUUCACCGACAUUCCCUACCUCAUGAAUUCCAUGAACAGUAUUCAAGAUAGACCAGCUAAAAUUGUCAUUGGAACGAGAUACAAACCCUGGUCAACAUUGCCAGUAACUGACAUUCAAAUCAAAGAAUUCGAAAGCAAAUGGAAGAUGAAGGUAAUAAAGAUAGAUGUCAAUAAGUCCUCAGCAAGACCAGAGAUAUUCGACGUUGCUUAUCAGUUGAAUUCACUCUGUAAAUCACUGUGGAAUAGAGAUCAAGAGUUUAUUACUAAACAAAUUAUUCAAGUAUGACACGACAAAUGAAGUUCAAUUGUCGAACAGUUUUUUUAUUUUUAUAUAAACAAUAAAAUGAACAGUAUCAAAUUCA